AUGCCUUACACAGUCACAAUCGAUUGCGACAAUGGCAAUGGGUAUGAUGGCCGGAUAGGAGUGCGAAUAUCCUCCAUCUUCGUCAUCGGGUUGGGGUCAAUGUUAGGUGCUCUACUGCCUAUUGCCGCGGCUCGAACAAAGAGAAUGAGAGUCCCACCCUUGGCUUUUUUCAUAACCAAAUACUUCGGUUCGGGAGUCAUCAUUGCAACAGCAUUCAUACACCUGCUCUCGCCCGCCAACAAAGCCCUCAACUCACCAUGUAACACUGGCCUAAUAACAAACUAUGACUGGGCGGCAGGAACUGCUCUGAUGACAAUAUUCCUUAUGUUUUUCAUCGAACUCAUGGCCGCACGUUUUGAUGUCUUUGGAGCGCAUGCACAUGACCUGGAGGCGACCGACCCGGCAAAGGAUCUUAUCAAAGCAUCUGAGAAGCCUAAGGAUGGGGGAGCCAAUGUCCACAAGGUAUUUACAAAUACUCAUAGCCAUAGCAACGGCACACUCGGAUCCUCGCCGGAUUCGAUUAACACAGAUCGCGAGCUUGGUAUUAUCCCUACCAUUGCAGGCCCAAGUAGAUCUCCAAGCCCUGUGCCAGUGGAACCGCUCAGAACUCGUAGUAGCAUUCCAGGACGAGUAAAUGAUUUAUCAUAUCCGCCUGGAGGUGAAGAUCAUCUUGGACACCAAAGAGAACACAUGGUAGACCACGACCAUUUUGCAGCGCAAAUGACUGCGAUCUUCAUCCUCGAAUUCGGGGUCAUUUUUCAUUCAGUCUUCAUCGGUCUUACCCUAGCCGUUACUGGAGAUGAGUUCAACGUUCUAUAUAUUGUUCUUGCCUUCCAUCAAACCUUUGAAGGCCUCGGUCUCGGUUCCAGACUAGCCACUGCCGAGUGGCCGAAGAAGAAACUCUGGAUGCCAUGGGCUCUUGGUUUCGCAUAUGGCAUGGCUACACCUCUUGCUAUCGCUAUCGGGCUUGGUGUUCGACAGACUUUCACACCCAACAGUCAAAAGACACGAGUUGUCAAUGGUGUAUUCGAUGCUAUAUCAGCAGGUAUCCUGAUAUACACUGGACUCGUGGAACUUAUGGCCCACGAAUUUAUGUUCAACCCUGAGAUGCGGAAGAGCUCUAUUAAGAUGAUGCUCUUUGCAUUCUUUUGCAUGUGCGUUGGAGCUGGACUCAUGGCGUUACUUGGAAAAUGCAAGUACUAUCGUGGUGGCUGCAGUCAUGUAUCAUGGUAUAGUCUUGGUUCUACUCUAAGAUUAUCCUGGCACAUUGACCAAAACCAAAGCAGGAAGCAAUGCUAA